AUGCGGACGGAAGAGGACGUGGAGGUUGGUCGCACCCACGUCGGCGCGGGACCAGGACCGGCGUCGAUCGGGACGUCGGUCGCGAGGCGCCUCGACCUCGGCAAACCGACACGCGCGCGCCGCGCGCGGUGGACCUUCGGGGUUACGAACGUUUCGCCGGAAUCCAUGUUGAUGGCCACCGCCGCCAUCUGGGGUUCGUAUCACCCCACGAUGCGGCUGAUGCUGACGAGCGAAGACGGUUGGGAGACACCCACGCCCGCGGAGCUCAACGUGAGCCGGAGCGCCAUCACGGCCGCCAUGUGCGUCGCGCAGCACCUCGUCAUGCGACGGCUAUCGCGAGAGAAAAACACUCCAACGCGCGACGGCAAGCCAGACGACGACGACGACGACGAGGACGACGACGAGGACCGGGAGAGGGAUCGAUACCCGAACGCGCGCACGCCGCUCCGGGGCGAGGGUAGACGCGGCCGACGCUUGGUCGCGACGAACGGCGGCGGGGACGCCGAGGGACGAGGCAGCGACUCGGAGGGCGGCGGAUCACGACGCGCGCGGACGACGCCACCAACGACGAGGGCGCCCGCCGCCGCCGCGCGCUCCCGCGAACGAUCGACGAAGAGGAGGCUCUUCGCCGCGUCCGCCGAGCUCGCGGCGCUGCACGCGCUCACCGUCGGGUUACAGUCGUGCGGAGUGGACCACAGCAGCGCCACGCGCGCCAGCUUCCUCGCGACCACGUCGACGGUGGUCGUCCCGCUCUUUGCCACGGCGUUUGGCACGCCGGUGGCCAAACGAACGUGGGCAUCCGCCGCCGCGUGCGUGCUGGGCACCGCGCUCAUCGUCUCCUCCAGGACACCCGGCAGUUCCGACUACUCCGCCGCCCUAGACGAGGACGCCAAGGACGCGGACACGACGCUGGGCGACGGUUUGAUCCUCGCCGGCGCCGUCGUCUGGGCCACGUUUUUGCUCCGGAUAUCGAAGCACGCGAGGACGCUCCCGGUGGCGCCUUUGGUGAUAUGGCGGAACGUGUUGAUGUUUGCGUGCUACGCGUGUUGGUGGGCGUUCGACGAGAGGUUCUUUCGCGGUGGAUCCGAGCACAUGGGAUUUCGCCGAGGGCGGUUCUCGCGCGGCCGCACAGGGAGCGUGCCCAUCGCUCGAGAGGCGUUUCCGUGGCGUGAUAACUCGACGACGUGGGGACGCGUCGUGUUCCUGGCCGUCGGACCGGGCUUCGCGUGCAGUUGGCUGCAGACGAUCGCGCAGGCCAAGGUGGCGGCGGCGGAGGCGCAGGUGUUGAUCAGCACCCAGGCGCUGUGGGGCGCGGCGUGGGCCUUCGCGAUGAUGGGCGAGAGGAUGGCGCCUAUGGGUUGGGCCGGCGGGUUCGCCAUCGUCGCCGGAGCGGUCAUGGUGGCGGACGGAGGGCGACGCGGGCGUCGCGAUAAGAGGGCGGCGCCGCGCGGGAAUAAAUCCAGCUGA